AUAUCCCAACCUAGUCAACCUUGAAUUAACCUAUAGCAUCAGUUAUGGCUACUACCGACCACACGGCGCAGUUCCAGGAGCCUCCCGUCAAUGGACUUCCAGGAGCUACAAGCACUACUCCAUCUCACGUUGAUGUUGAUGGCCCGUCCCGUGACGACAUCGACCUCCAAUUCCAAGAACCUAUCGCUCCUGAAGCCUCUACUUCUACAUCUACCUCUACAUCUACCGAAGAUGACAACAAUUCGCUUCAGAAAACUACUACUGAGAAGCUCAAGGAUGCUGUGAAGAAGCCAUUUACCAGCUCAGACAAUACUUCCAACUCGCAAACGUUAGGCGAGAAGGACAUUACCAGCCCAGAGAUGGCCGCUGCAAAUGAAGUCCUCGCAGACAAGAACCUGAAGUCGCCGUAAGUAAGGAAGAACGGACGAGGCGAAGGAGGGAGCAAUGAAUGUGGGGCGCGAAAUUGAUACCCGAAGAAUAGGAGCAUGGGUCGCGACAGAAGAUACUGUGCACAUUUCAAAUUCACGAAAGCAUGUUAAACGGAGUUGUGAUCUUUAGGGCAG